AUGCAGGCAGCAGAGUUUCCCCCCGCGGCGGUGAUGUUCGCGGCGGCUCCCGGAACGGACGGCUUCUCGUCUCGCCUCAGCCCGCCGCUGGCGGCCCUGCGCAGCGCGGCGUCCGACGCCAAGAUCCCCGCGACCCAGUGUCACUACCCGCUGCCGUCGAGCGGGGCGCCCGCCGCCGCCGCCGCUUCCCCGGCCACCACCUCGCCCAACCCGGGCGGCAUGGCGGCGUCGUCUUCGCCGGGCCUCAAGACGUCCGGUCUGGGCUCGCCGCAGCUGUGCUCGUCGGCGACGCCCCACGGCAUCAACGACAUCCUCAACCGGCCUCGCGCGGCCCCUUCCUCGGCUCCGGCUUCGGCAUCGGCCUCCCUGGGGGUCCUGAGUGCCCUCCAGCCGCGUUUCGGGAGCCUGAGCCCGGCUCCCCCGCCACCUCCUCCGCCACCGCCGCCGGCCGGGCUCUACUUCUCGGCCGCAGCCGCCGCAGCCGCGAUGGUCCGCUACCCCAAACCCCUGAGCGAGCUACCCGGCAGGACCCCCAUUUUCUGGCCGGGGGUCAUGCAGGGGACGCACUGGAGGGACGCGCGCUUCGCGUGCUCGCCCCAGCAGAGUUGCGUGCUGGUGGAGGCCAAAGACGGCAAACGCAAACACACGCGACCGACUUUCUCCGGUCAGCAAAUUUUCGCUCUGGAAAAAACUUUUGAACAAACCAAAUAUUUGGCGGGACCCGAACGGGCCAGGCUGGCUUUUUCUCUGGGCAUGACGGAGAGUCAAGUCAAGGUGUGGUUCCAAAACCGUCGCACAAAAUGGCGGAAGAAGCACGCGGCCGAGAUGGCCUCCGCCAAGCAGAAGCAGGACUCGCAGACCGAGAGGUUAAAGGUCAACUCGGACUUGGACGAAGACGACGACGACGACUACGACAAACCUUUGGACCCUGAGCACGAGGCGCACGCGCACCACAACGGCGGCCUCCUCCGCCAGCACGCGCUCGUCGUCGUGCACGCGCCCGAGCCGGACGGCUCCUCCUAA